UCCAGCAGAGAGUGUCACCUCCUGCUUCAGGAUCAUCGAGCUCUGCUAACUGGACCUCAGCCUGCCUGCAGGAUCACAUUGCAAGGCUUUCACUCUUCCCCACCUUGCCUGGGACUAAGUCUCUUCUGCGGUCUCUCAGAAAAUCAAACUCCAUCCUAAGAAUACUUCAUCCACAAUUUCUUAAGAGCUGUGUUGGGGUCCUACGAUGGUACAGCAACCACUUGUGCUACCACCUGUCAAAACUUUGGAUGACCUUACUCUCAGGUCAUGACCCCUGGUUUUAAGAAAUUCUUCAUGACAAUGUCAAUAUGAGACAAGAGAAAAUGUGAUUUGAGUCUGGAGACAACUGUGUAUAUCAACUAAUAAUAAAAUUCCUGUGGAGUUGAUAGAAGUCAAAACAUUACACAGACAAUUACUACAAUUAUUAAGCAAAGCUGCUUCUAGUUUGAUUUAUAUAAUAUUUCAUUUUGACAUUAAUGAUGGAGAAAAAGUAUAUCCUGUAUUUUCUGUUUCUCUGGCCCUUUUUUAUGAAUCUUGUCAAAGCAGAAUCGGAAGAAGUGAGCUCUGGUGUCUUAAUUCCAUUGGGUGUUACCAGGAAUAAAAUCAUGACUGCUCAAUAUGAGUGCUAUCAAAAAAUUAUGCAAUACCCUGUUCAACAAACAGAAGGUCUUCACUGCAACAGAACCUGGGAUGGAUGGUUAUGUUGGAAUGAUGUUGCUGCUGGAACUGAAUCAAUGCAGCACUGCCCUGAUUACUUUCAGGACUUUGAUCCUUCAGAGAAAGUUACAAAGAUCUGUGACCAAGAUGGAAACUGGUUUAGACACCCAGAAAGCAACAAAACGUGGACAAACUAUACCCAGUGCAAUGUCAAUACAUAUGAGAAAGUGAAGACUGCACUGAAUUUGUUUUACCUGACUAUAAUUGGACAUGGAUUAUCUAUUGCAUCGCUGCUUAUCUCACUUGGCAUAUUCUUUUACUUUAAGAGCCUAAGUUGUCAGAGGAUUACUUUGCAUAAAAACCUGUUCUUCUCAUUUGUUUGUAAUUCUCUUGUAACCAUCAUCCAUCUCACUGCAGUGGCUAACAACCAGGCCUUAGUGGCCACAAAUCCUGUUAGUUGUAAAAUAUCACAGUUCAUUCAUCUUUACCUGAUGGGCUGUAACUAUUUUUGGAUGCUUUGUGAAGGCAUUUAUCUGCACACACUCAUUGUGGUGGCUGUGUUUGCAGAGAAACAGCACUUGAUGUGGUAUUAUUUUCUUGGUUGGGGAUUUCCACUGAUUCCUGCUUGUAUACAUGCUGUUGCAAGAAGUUUAUAUUAUAAUGACAACUGCUGGAUCAGUUCUGACACACAUCUUCUGUACAUUAUUCAUGGUCCAAUUUGUGCUGCUUUAUUGGUGAAUCUUUUUUUCCUAUUAAAUAUCGUUCGCGUUCUCAUUACCAAGUUAAAAGGUACCCACCAAGCCGAAUCCAAUCUCUAUAUGAAAGCUGUAAGAGCUACACUUAUCCUCGUGCCGUUACUGGGCAUAGAGUUUGUGCUGAUUCCCUGGCGCCCAGAGGGAAGGAUUGCAGAAGAGGUGUAUGAUUACGUCAUGCACAUCCUAAUGCAUUAUCAGGGUCUUUUGGUCUCUACAAUUUUCUGCUUCUUUAAUGGAGAGGUUCAGGCAAUUCUCAGAAGAAACUGGAAUCAAUAUAAAAUCCAAUUUGGAAACAGCUUUUCCCAUUCAGAUGCACUCCGCAGUGCAUCUUAUACCGUGUCAACAAUCAGUGAUGGUACAGGUCAUAGUUAUGACUAUCCUAGUGAACACUUAAAUGGAAAAAGCAUACAUGAUAUUGAAAAUGUUGUUUUAAAACCAGAAAAUAUAUAUGAAUGAUAAAGGGGAGUAUCUUGUGACACUUCUAACUCAAGGACUUUACUAUAAGAAGCCUUCAGUAUUAGAUAAGUUUCUCGAAUAAUACAAAGUAACCUUUCUAUGAAUUCAUUAGUGUAUUGAUAGACAUUUAACAACAGCUUCAUGGGUGGAAGGCAUGUCAUUCAUAAUUUUGUCAUUUUCUAAAACGUAAGGAAAUGCACUGACUGAUCCUAAGCCUCCAGCUUGGUAUCAUUGAAUGUGGAAUUGGGAAAAGAUGAACACAACCAGCUUAAAUAGGCUAGUACGAGCCAGCUCCAAUACAGCACUGCAUCAUUUCACGAAUGCAUAAAACUGCAGAAGUUCAUAUGGCAUAAGGCAAAAUUCUUUUUUCUUUGCCUUAAUAGAUCUGACAGUAGCCUACUAACUUACAGUAAAAACCAGCUCUUAAUUUGUCUGUUUUUAAAACCUUUAUUCAUUGGUGAAGAUGAUUUUCAUUUCUGUCCAGAAAGUAUUCUAGCCCCCACAUAUUUUUUUACCUUUUAAAAUGGACCAGAUAAGAGUUAAUUCUUCUUGUUGGCUUGUAUUCUUCUUCCCAGAAAAAGAACCCAUGAGCAUUGUUAGUAGAUCCUCAUUUAUUGAAACUUCAUUUAUAUCUGAUGCCUUGUCUGUUUUUGAGAACUUUGAAUAGUUUCUAUGAUCUGCAAUACUAUUUUACUGGUUUUAGGGAGAAAUCUUAGUUGAUACUACAAAAUGCCAUGUCAGCUACUUUCCCAUCUUGCUACACAAAUGGGAGGAAUCAGUUUUCCUGCAUCUAUAAAUAGAAACUUUGUCCUUCCAUUUCUACUGUGUAGACAAAUAAGCAACUAUUUUACAUGAAGGAGAUCAAUGAAGGAUUUCUUAUUUUUUGGGAAGUUGUAAAAAUUGUGAAAAAUGAGCUUGUAAAUAUUCUGCUAUUCUAUUAUAUAGUCUCAGAUCAAAAACACGCAAUUUAUUUGUUUUUUUUUUAAACAAAAAACAGGAACAAGUACAUAAGGUAACAGUAUAUGCAUACUAAUAUCUGAUACUGUGUCUGGGCUGCUUUUAUAACAAAAUAGAGUCUGGAAUUCUAUAUUUUAUAACUAUUUUAAAGACAACCAGACGCCAAAAUCAGAAGUUCAAGACCUAGAAGAACAGAAAUAUUAUGAUAUACAAUAUUUAUUUUAAAAAACUCAAGGCCAUUGUUCAUCAAAUAUGUUAGUUUUGGUAAUUGAUACCUAAGUAAAGGUAAGGUAGACAUAUUUUUCUAUUUUGACGAUGAAUUUACAUUCAAAUCUGGAAAUCAUAUGACUCCUACUCUAAUUAAUGACAGAAGUCCUCUAAAAAUUUUUUUAAUCCUAUUAUAAAUACUACUACACUGACUUUUACCAUAGUAAAAUAUAUGACUUUGGAAAUGUGCUGGGAUAUUCUUUAAGAAAUACUGGAGGAAUGUCUUAUAGGUUAUACACAGUACAUUUAUAUUUUAAUAAAUCUAAAAUAUGUGAUCAUAAAAAUCAAUGAAAUAUGAAUCUAUAAUUGAUGGUCUCAGAACAUUAAUAAAAUAAUUACAUCAAAAUGGAAAAACUCUUACUAAUAUAAUAUCAUGACAUAAAAUGGAAUUUUUAGUUUUAUUGUUUAUUUUUCCAUUUAAAUUUCUGCAAAACAAAAACAUCCUUAAUUAGUAGAAGUAAAUUUGGGAAGUAAAAGACAUUAUGUGUAUGUGCUUUUAGAAUGUGUCAUUUCUGCUUAGAAUUCAUUAGUCUUGUGUUUUAGUCAUCAUAUUUUAUUUCCUAAGUUGUCAAAGGACGAUGAGUUUAGGAGUCAUCUGAUAUUAUCUAUGAAAUUUAUAUAAAUUAUAUGAAUUAGCAUACUUCAUGGCCUGGUAAAUACAUGGAUAAUUUAUAAAUUAUAUAAAUUUUAUUAAGUUGGUUUCAAAUUUAUGGAUUUUGUAGCAAAAAUCAAAAAGGAACGCAGGCUGUUCUGGACUUUUUAUUGUAUAAGUUAUACAAAAAAUCCCUUUAAAUAAACUCACUUUUUAGCUAUUUAUUAUUCAAAGACACAGGUUCAAAUCCUCUGCUGACACAGUUCACAGACUGUCAAGUCUCAACUGUAACUGACAGUAGACAAUGUCCUACGACUAGUAUGAUAUGAUAAUUAUAUUGCACUUUUUACAUAUGUUUUAUUGUGCUUUAAUCAGUUUCUUUUCAUGGCCAGGAUUCAUAAUUUGCCCUGUCUUUGGGUCUAGACAGUGCAUGAUUAAUCAGUGUUAAUUUUGUACCUAUAUUUUAGGAAUACUAUUUUUAAAUAUUAUACUUCUCUGAAGCUGAAGUACUAAUUAAAUCUUGUUUGUAUCUUACUUCUGAAGAAAAAUAAAAUAAAUACUUUUGAAAGCAAAUUCUUUAUUAUCUGAAAACUAAGUUUUGAAUUUCUAACUUUAAAAUGUAGAUGUGUUAUUUUUCUGAAAGUGUUUGUGAAAAUCAACUUUCAAUUAAAAAAUGUCAUCUGCCCAGUGUUA